UUUUGUAACAUUUUAUAAACUAAACAAUUAAUCCCCCCAAAAAUUGACAGAUUCAUUAGUUGCAGCACUAUUAUCAUAUGCACUCAGGCAAAUAUCAAACAUGGAGCCUGCAGCAAAAUGUUGUCAUAAGGUUUAAAGAUGUUUUAUUGAUCACAGAAACCAAUCCUCAACUGGAGUAUCAGGUUCAAGCCCCUGCACUGACAAACACUGAACUACUAAAGUGUCCUUGAGCAAAACACUGAAGCCCUGCUAGGUCCACUGACCCUGACCUUUGACCUUGCUGUGCAGAAUGGAAAGAAAAAGGAGCUUCCCUACACAUAUAAAGUGUCACAGUUCCUGAUGAAAUGCUUUCAUACAAUUAUGACCAAUAUGAGUCUCCCAAUGUCCUUUCCACAAUUGCAUAUAUAGUUAUGUAAUAUGUUUAAAUGGUGCAGACAGCUCUAAUGUUAGAGCAGAAAUUUAGAAGUGGGUUGUCCACUACUUAUGUGACCAGUCUUUUAAAAUCUGGAUAAUGUUAAUUUUGUCUGAGUAACUAAAACAGGAAGCCCACAGCCGACCCCGUUGGAGUGCCAGACAAAAUCAGCAGCUACGUUAAUAUGCAUUACUUGAUUCAAUUAAGUUAGUAUAAAAAAAAAUCUUCCUGUUACCAUGUCGAUCCGAAUAAAUCGGCCUAUUGUGAAAGUGGUGGUAAGGUCCUUUUAAGGUUAUGAAAAUGUGAUGUAUGCGCACAUACUAAGAACUAACUGUAUUUUAAUUUUGGCUAUAUAAAUUAUCUUAUUUAGCACAUGAGCACAUGAGCAAUGGUUGCAUUACGUAAGGCAGAUGUGUGGUGAAAAAAAAAAAAAAAAAAGGAAACAGAAGUACCAGUGUAGCGGAAGUGGUACUGCCCUGAACGAUACGCUGAGCGAGACGGAGGACGGAGGCUGAAUCGUCCAGAGAGAGGAAAAAAAAGCAGGAUUAAAAGCCGCCAAUAUUUCUAGAAAAUGGAUAAGAACGACCUGGUACAGAAGGCCAAGCUUGCUGAGCAGGCUGAGCGCUAUGAUGACAUGGCCGCAGCCAUGAAGUCGGUGACAGAGCAAGGUGCGGAGCUGUCAAAUGAGGAGCGCAACCUUCUUUCUGUUGCCUACAAGAAUGUGGUAGGAGCACGCCGCUCAUCCUGGCGCGUUAUCUCCAGCAUUGAGCAGAAGACUGAGGGUAAUGACAAAAAACAGCAGAUGGCACGUGAAUACCGGGAGAAGAUUGAAAGUGAGCUUCAGGAAAUCUGCCAUGAUGUGCUCGGGCUACUGGACAACUUUCUCAUUACCAACGCAUCUGCUGCUGAAAGCAAGGUGUUCUAUCUGAAAAUGAAAGGCGAUUAUUAUAGAUACCUGUCUGAGGUUGCAUCUGGGGAAGCUAAGAAGGAUACAGUGGAGAACUCCCAGCAGGCGUACCAGCAAGCUUUUGACAUUAGCAAGGGGGAGAUGCAGCCAACACACCCAAUCCGGCUUGGCCUGGCCCUCAACUUCUCAGUCUUUUACUAUGAAAUUCUCAACAACCCGGACAAGGCCUGCAGCCUGGCUAAGACGGCAUUUGAUGAAGCCAUCGCUGAACUUGACACUUUGAACGAGGAUUCUUACAAAGACAGCACCCUGAUCAUGCAGCUACUAAGGGACAACCUGACUCUGUGGACAUCAGAAAACCAGGCAGAUGAGGGAGAGACCGGAGAUGGGGAAAACUAAUGGAAUUGCACUGUUAAUCCACCUACACUCUUAUCUUAAACACAGACAGCUUAUAUACAUCCCCCUCCACUCCAUCAGCUCCUCCCACUUCUGUAUGACAAGCAGCCUGAAUUGCUCCUGACCAACUAGUUUACCCCUCUCAGUUCACUGUGAGGUGACAGGGUAAUUUUCAGUUAGCAGAUUCAGUCACUUUGUGGAAACAUGUUGUAUUGAUUAGUGAGUCCAUGUUGCUGUUGUUUUUGUCAGCUUUGUGUGUAUGUCUGUAUGUAGUGAGUGAGCAAGUGUGAAAGGAUGUGAAAGAUUGUGUGUAUGGUCUGGGGGGGAGGGGGGUGUUGUGAAUUCUAAUCGUCCUUCCAAAUCCCUUUGUCCCAGCUAGUUUGUUGUGCAUUUUUCACCCCUUUCUUUUGUUACUUUCUUAUUUGUGAUUCCUCAUGAUAUUUACAGGUUUUAUUGUAUGGUAAUUAAACUGGCAGUUGAUUUCCACCAAACACUGUGAUGGUAGGCGCUCCAUUUGCUUCAUAACCCAAAACAGUUUUUUGUGUUUGAAUUUCCAGACACACGCAUACAAUCCUGUAUUCGACUAACUAGCAAUUCUGCUGUGGGCUCAUACAGAAAGGAGGCAGGCUGUAUUGUGACACUGACAUCUUGGUGUAAUGCUCCUUGAUCAUGUUCACAAAUUCAUAACUUCAUAGUUUUAAGGGACCCCUUAAAUUCUCAUGUUAGAUUUGUUCAGACAUCAGCAGACAUUCCACAUUAGGCAUUUGGAAAGGCAGUGCUUUUUUUUUUUUUUUUUUUUUUUUUUUUUUGAACUAAGUAUGGAUUGGCAUUGUAGUUUUACUCACUGUUCAGGUGCUGCUUGAUCUCAGUACAAUGGAAAUUGUAUGUGCGUAAAUGUGGUUCCAUGUAUUUUGCAAGAUUGACUAUCAUCUGUAUGUAAAACCUAAAGUAACCUUUUAUUGAUGUUAAUUGAAAAUGUCUUACCACACUGUAUCGACCCUGCUUGCAAAAUAUUCCUCUUAAAGCGGUUGUUUUCUCCCAAAAAAAAAAAAAAUCUGUGCCUGGCUUUCUCUUGCAGCCUCUAUUUUCAUUAAGGUGGCAGCAUCUGCUGGUUGUUUUUUUUUAGAAAUUUCAAAGAGAACGAGUUAGACCAGACAAACUUAAAUAGCUAAAUCUUGACCUCAGUUUGUACCCAGGUGCAUCGCUCUGCUGUGAAAGAUAGCUGGUGUGAAUGAUCGCCUCUAAAAUCAGGUCUAUUUUGAAGGUGCAAUUUGGAGAAGCCCAGUCCAUCACUUUGGAAAGAAGCUCAGUGUCACAAUACCAUGUAUCACCACUACAUUCCACAUAUUGUAGUUGAAGACACCAUUCCACAUUAUAGCUGACAGUCUGUUUACUCUGACAAUGCUCCAAUGAAUUGAAAUAGUCUUCUGUUGAAAAAAAAUCAUGUCAGUUUAUUAUUAUGCUUGAUUAAAAAUGCAGUUAGUGAAUGUGGAAUGAAGCCUGUCUGUAUAUCAGGUAUCUACUUGCUUUGUUUUUACUGACAAGUCUUAUGGCUAAAAUUUGCUUCUGUAACAGUCUAUUACCCAGUGCACACACGUGGUUGUGAAAAUUUAGAAUAGCUCUAAAAAGCAAUGAUGAAAUGGAGAUAAACAAUGGUUGGUGUAAUUCUAGCUUUGUGUUUAUGUAUCUUAAAACCAUUCUAGUUUCACUAUACAUGUAAGAAAUAGGAAAGUGUCAAAGAACAUUCAGUGAAAUAAAGUUUCGUUUAAGAUAA